CCAAACUGCCAUCUGUUUUUCUCCCAAUCUUCUCUUUUCCUCCACAUGUUUUCCUGAGAAAAUAUAUGCAAAAUCCUCAUUCUCAAUUUCUCCCAAAGUAGCUGACAUUUGCAUAGACACUUUCCACUUCCUCUCUCAAUUCCAGCUAGAGAGAGAGAGAGAGAGAAUGGCAGUCUGCACAGUCUACACAACCCAAUCUCUCAACUCAACAUGCUCAAUCUCCACACCAACAAAAACCAACUUGGGUUUUCACCAAAAACAGGUUGUCUUCUAUAGUACUUCUGGUAAGAGAAGCAGCAAGAGAGGUGGUAGUACCACUACUGUGAUAACCUGCUCAGCAGGUGACUCACAGACAGUUGUGAUUGGUCUGGCGGCAGACUCUGGAUGUGGGAAGAGUACUUUCAUGAGGAGGCUAACAAGUGUUUUUGGAGGAGCAGCAGAGCCACCCAGAGGAGGAAAUCCAGACUCAAACACACUGAUAAGUGACACAACAACUGUGAUUUGCUUGGAUGAUUAUCAUUCUCUUGAUAGAACCGGAAGGAAGGAGAAGGGAGUCACUGCUCUUGACCCAAGAGCCAAUAACUUUGAUCUCAUGUAUGAGCAGGUUAAGGCAAUCAAGGAUGGAAUUGCUAUUCAGAAACCAAUCUACAAUCAUGUAUCUGGUCUUAUUGACCCUCCUGAGCUCAUCAAGCCUCCAAAGAUCUUUGUCAUUGAAGGACUUCACCCAAUGUAUGAUGAGAGAGUAAGGGACCUGUUGGACUUCAGCAUCUACUUGGACAUCAGUAAUGAAGUUAAGUUUGCAUGGAAAAUUCAGAGGGACAUGGCCGAGCGAGGCCACAGCCUUGAAAGCAUUAAAGCUAGUAUUGAAGCGAGAAAGCCGGACUUUGAUGCUUACAUUGAUCCACAGAAGCAAUACGCGGAUGCUGUGAUUGAAGUACUUCCAACCGAACUCAUCCCGGACGACAACGAGGGGAAGGUCUUGAGAGUUAGGUUGAUAAUGAAGGAAGGUGUGAAGUUCUUCAACCCUGUUUACUUGUUUGAUGAAGGCUCCACUAUUUCAUGGAUACCCUGUGGAAGGAAACUCACCUGCUCUUAUCCUGGCAUCAAGUUCUCCUAUGGCCCUGACUCUUACUUCGGCCACGAGGUGUCAGUACUGGAGAUGGAUGGGCAAUUUGACAGAUUAGAUGAGCUAAUCUAUGUAGAGAGCCAUCUGAGCAACAUUUCCACCAAGUUCUAUGGUGAGGUCACCCAACAGAUGUUGAAGCAUUCUGAUUUCCCUGGCAGUAACAAUGGAACCGGUCUCUUCCAAACUAUAAUUGGAUUGAAAAUAAGAGAUCUGUUCGAACAGCUUGUCGCGAGCAGGGCUGGAGCCCCGGUAGAGGCAAAGGCCUAAGCACAAAUGCACUUCACUCGCUUUUUUCUUUUCCACUGGCUGUUACUGGUUAAAAUGAGAAUCAUUCUAUGUACCUAUUUCAAUUUGUAAUUGUAUUGGGAGUUUGUAAAAUAGAUAAGAAAUAACAGAGAUGAAAUUCAGUUAAGAAAUUCUUGAUAGAAUGGAACUUUCUGGCAUUA